AAAAUAACUCACUGGUCAGGACGAAAAGAGUGAGUGGAAGCCAGAGUCGCAUGAGGCAGCUCGAACACACAACAAAGAUGGCAGACACAGGCACGCCCCAGCGACCUGCCCGGGGUGGCAAACACCCCCCUAAAGAAUCGAGUGGGCUGUUGAUGUCAGUAAUCCGGACUCUGUCAGCCAGUGAGAGCAAUGAGCAGCGUGACCGUGAGAAGGCAAGGCUGGAAAGAGAGUACCGCAAAAGUGACCAACGACUUGACCAGCUUAUCACCACUCAUGACCAGUCCCUCAAGGAUGUUAUGCAGAUCUUUGGGGAUGUGUCUGGACGUCUGACAGAGUCCCGCAAGCGGAUCCGCACCAUUAAGGAGAACCUGGCAGCAUGCAAGCACCUCCUCCACUGCAAGCGGGAUGAGUUGAAGGAGCGCUGGCUGGAGGGAGUGGAACAUAAACAUGUUAUGCUUUUACUGGAACAGAUAGAUGAGGUCCAGGAUGUGGGUGAGCGUGUUGGGGCUUAUGUGGGAAGGAAACAUUACCUCCAUGCCACACAGCUGCUAGUCACUUCUCUCACACGCCUACGCACAGACCUAAAGAAGGUGGAGGCCCUUAAGGAUGUCAACACUGACCUCCAUUCGAGGAAGGAAAGACUACAUGAGGCACUAAUAGAGGAGGUUCAUGAGCACCUGUACCGCCGAUGGACACGGGAGGUGUUGUCACUGCGUCGACAGGGCUCUGGUCGGGACCCUGCCACCAGCUUGGUUCGAGCUGGUUCUGAUCGUGCCAGCACAACCACCAAGGCUGACAAGGCUCGGAAAAAUCUGCUGGAAAUGAUGACCUCACCAGGAAAAGUUAGGGGCCUUGGGGAUGGAGAAGUAUUGCAGGAAGAUGUAAGUGGGAGUGGCAACCCAGAGGACGACUCUCAGCACUUCAUGGCAAUUGUGGUAGAGUGCCUUGCCUUGCUUGGGAAGCUACCUGAUGCUGUAGAGACUAUCAAUCGAAGAAUGCAGAAGGAACUUGCCCUCAUCAUCCAAAGAACUACCCAGCAAAUAGUGGAACAUCACCCUCCUGCUCCUCCAGAGGAUGAACCUCCUCCUGCCUCUGCUCCAACUAUGCUCCGUGCUGAUGCCCGGGAGGCAAGGUUGCUGCAGGAGCUGCUACAGGUGGUGUUUGAACAGCUACGACUGGUAGUGGCUGCUCACAGAUCAGUGCUUGCCAGCCUGCGCUGCUCUGCUGACAAGCAUGGCCUUGAGGUUCAGCUUUACACCAUGCCUGAUGUGUGGUCUAAGGUCCAGGCUGCACUGCAAGUGAUGCUGAGUGAAUAUUUAGAUCUGAGUCAGCUGGGAACAGGACAGCAGCAAGCACCAGCAGCCUUCACUGAAGCUGCUUCUGAUCUCUCUUCCUUCUUCACAAAGAAGAGGACUCCAAGGUCCAAACCAUAUGGCCUAUUUAAGUUUGAAGCAUCCUACCAUGCUAUGACUAUGAACUCCUACCUCAUGGAGCAGCUGGAACAGACUGGGGGUGACACUGUUACCUUUGACAUAUCUGUCACUGAUGGCAAUGCACCCAGCACAGCAGGUGGGGGCAGCAAGGUGGGAAAGCGUGUCCUAGUAUGCUCUCCUUCUCCACACAACAUCACUGCAAUCUUUAAUCCUUUGCAACUCUUCAUCAAGGAGAUAGAGGAAGCACUUGGCUGCUCUCCUGGGACACACUGCACGCUGUACGUUUUCAUCACAGAUUAUAUCAAGGAUGCCUUUCUGGCCCAGCUACUCAGGGAGACAGAAGGCCGUCUUGAGCAAGCAACCAAGGCUCUGGAUGUGUGGAAGACUGUCAAGGACCCAGCCACACUGCGUUCCCUAAAAGUGUCUCGUCCUCUUUUGCAGAGCAGCCUGAGUGUGUGGCAAACCAUAGAAGAGCUGCGAUGGUUGCUUGGUGCACUCCCGCUGUAUGCCGACCAUUUUGUCACCAUGAUGUGCAACACUCUUAUGAACUACAGAGAGACCUGUCAGGCUGCCUAUCGGGGCAUCACCCAGCCAGACUCUGAGGACAAGAGGAUCAUCUCUGCCACCUGGGCCAAGGAUGAGGAUAUCAGCCGUUUCCUAAGAGAUCUCCCUAACUGGCGGGCACUUCAGGCUGGUGUCACUUCAGAUUCCUGCCUUGAAGGAGAUGAAAAUCCAGAGGAGGUCGGUGAGCGCAACCGCAAGGAAGCAGAGAUAUUGACAGGGAACCUUGGGGACCAACUGAUUCCACAGCACGAGAUACUGGCUGAUUCAAGCCAACUGCGUACUUUAGCCCACCUGCAGGAGAGCUUGGAAUGGUUUGGGGGAUGUAUAGUCAAGUUUGCAGCAUCUCUGCCAGUGAAAUCAUCUUCCUCUGGUAUCUUGGUGUCUGGUGAGGUGCCUCCUGUGUCUGAUGCCUCUGUGCAAACCCUCACCUCCCUAGCCAAGGACUUUGAAGAGCUGGCUCACACUUGCCUUCUUGUGUUGCAUCUAGAGGUGCGACUCCAUUGCUUCUUCUACCUGCUGCCAGUGGCUCGGGGAGGUGUAUUUGCCUCAGGGUUAGACUCUCAGGAACCAGACACAGAGGUACUUAAACUGAUCAAGGACCUUGCCACCAUUGAUGAUGCCCUCACCAGCACUCUUCACCCUCGCAAAUGCAAGUACAUUUUCGAAGGAUUGGGGCCUCUCAUUGCCAACAUAUUGAUGAGUUCUGUGGUACACAUUCGGCGCAUUAAUGAGAAUGGCAUCAAGAAGAUGUGCCGCAACAUCUUCAGUAUACAACAGCAGCUGACUAACAUAACAAUGACACGAGAGCUGGCCCUGGAUCAGGCCCGCCAAUACUACGAGAUGCUUUACCACCCCCAGGAUGAGAUCCUCAAUGUGCUGAUGAACCGUGGGAAGCAGUUCUCCGAGUUAGAGUACUUGAAUGCCUUGCAGCUGUUGCACCGUUCGUCACCAGGCUCAUCUCAGGAAACUCUUCAAGCCAGUUUGCAGAAACUCUCUGAAAUUUUUGGGGAUAUUGGGGUCACAGUGUAGUGCUGCUCUCUCUAAAGGAUGUAAAUAUCUGUUAUUUAUGUAUUAUAUAUUGUCCUUUUGCAAAACAGGGCAAGUUGGUGCUACAGAUGUCACUGGAUAUCCUCCUGAUUUUCCUCAUGUGACUAGGUGCGUGCUGUCUUUUAUAGGCAAAUUAUUUAAUGUUGAUGCUUGAUGUUCAGGCAAAAGGCUUAUGCUGCAGCUGCUGCCUGUCAUGCUCAUGAGGCUCCUACCUGCUAAUUAUGACCAUCUGUGAUACCAUGAACCCUCUUGUGGGAAAUCUUAUGAUCUGUCACAAACUUAGUUUUGAGCGUAGGAAAUGUGAGGUGGUUAGUUUGGAUGUAGGAAAAUGUGGUAAGAAAUGAGACAUAAGGCAUCAUUGUAAGGAACUACACUCCAAUAAGCAAGUACCAUAAGGUCAUAAUUUCAUGUUCUAAAAUUAGUUUGUGCAUCGUGUUCAGUAUUUAAUUUCAUACAUGAAGCAAGCAGUAAAGUUUGUUUCAUUACAUGUAGUAUAUUGAUUUCCCACUCAUCAACUAUAGAGAGUUCUAAACCAGAACUAGUACAUAUAGUAAGAACAGUUUUACCCAGAUAAAGACUAUUGGUGGUUUGGAUCUGUAUUAAAUGAAUGAAGUUACAUUCUGGACUAAUAUUUAACUGCAAAAUACUUUUUAGUCUUAAAUAAGAAUGGUCUCACUAUGCCUAUGAAAGUAAUGGUACUGUAAAUGGGACCACUUCUGGCUUUGAAAGUGGUAGAUCUGCCUUGCACUUUCAUGUAAAGUUUUGGUAUGAGAAAUGUUGUGAAAUUAUAUACUUCCAAGGCCACACUAGGCUUGUUGAUACAUUGCAAUGGAUUGACUAUAAUAUGGAUCCAUAUUGGUAGUUUUCUGGUAGCUAUGUCAUGCUCAGAGACUUCAUUUGAAGCUACCUACACUUCACACCAUCAGGUCAUAGAAUACCAGUAUUACCAGAGAGUGGCAUGGGUAAUUACACCUCAGUUUUCCUGCCCAAGCUGUAUCUCUGUACAUGUACAUGUGUGUGUGUGUGUUCAUGGACACACACACACACACACACACACACACACACACACACACACACACAAAAAAAAGUGGUCACCACACUCAGCUCACAACCGAGAAGGCUCGUGUUCGAGUCUCAGGCACAACGAAGCAAAUGGGCGAGCCUCUUAAUGCGUAGCCCCUAUUCACCCAGCAGCAAGUGGGUAGAGGAUGUAACCCGAGGGGUCAUGACCUCUCUGUCCCAGUAUGUGGUGUAUGAGUGGUCUCAGUCCUACCCAAAGAUCGGUCACUAUGAGCUCUAAGCUCUUUCCAUUGGAUAAUGGCUGGUUGGGUGACCACCAGAUGACCGUAGGUGAAUGACACACACACACACACACACACACACACACACACACACACACACACACACACACACACACACACACACACACGAAGGAAAAUAACUGGUCAAAGUCACUCUACAUGUUCUUGAUGACCAUAAAAAGCUCAUAAAAGCCACACACUUCACUAAUCUUCUUUGCCAGUUGUUAAUUUGGAUUCCAUGGAAGGCAGUCUUAUUUUAUGUUUCUUGUGUACAAGACUACUAAACAACUCCAUAUAGAGAAUGAACUGGCUCUUACUAAAGAUGCUCUUGCAAAUUAUGAACACAAUUUAGGCAGCAAAAAAAGUUCUUAGAAACAAAUUUGCUAUAUUGGAAGCUUAUGAGAGAAGCUUGCAGCUUGCCCUGUGAUCCUUACAAGAAAGUGUUUCUGACCUGAAGAGUAGCACAGAUUUGAAUAACUAUUCAGAUAGUUAUCAAAACAGCUGUACUGUGUUUAGUUAAUAUUCAUGGCAAGAUAAGUCGACUAAAAUGCUGAACAAAUGAGAUCAUUCCACAUUACUGAUUUCACAUCAAAGUUUUAGCAAGCUUAGGGACUAAAAAUUGCAUAAUAAUGUAAGCAUGUGUGUUUCAACAGUAUUCACACACCAAUGCCUAAAAUUAUUGAAGGUCUAUUUCUUCCAAAACAGUAAAUGCUGAACCUUUCUGCAGACUACCUACUUGUGCUUAAAAGAUGAACUGAUAUGAUAAAAUUCAAAAUAAUCUUUAGUUUGUACACUUUUUCUAGCAAAUACAAAAGCAAACAUCAAAUACUGUGAUCAGCUUAAGGCUGUAACAGGGAUUUCCACCACCCUUUUAAUUUUAUAUAUACAUAGGCUUGAAAUUAACAACAACCCUUCCAUGAUCCAACAUAGUUUAAGGAUUUUCAGCCAUUAUAUCCCAAAUAGGGUAGUCUGUGUGAAAAGAAUUAAAGAGGCUACUGUUAGCCUUCAACCCAAAAACAGCACAGUGAAUCAUUUAUAUUUGAAUAGCUUCAUAUUCCUUUAAUGGAGAAAAUACAACAGCAGCAGUAUCUCAAAUAUAGUAUAUUUAUUCCUAUCUGUUAGCUACUUUGAAUUAAUCAAAUUAUGGGAAAAAAAAAACUCAGAACUUUAAUAAACAAUAGUUGUUACUUGUGCUUCCCAUAGUUAAUACAUCAGUUGAAGAUUUUCCAUACUAAACAACUAUAUCCCUUUAAACUGAAAACAAAAUUACCAUCAACUUUUGGUAUUACAUAAUGUAAAUUUUGUUGUAUACAAGUUCACAUAGUUGACAGUGAUUCCUAAACUGUACCUUGUGAGUGGAGUAGAGUAACCAUACAUGAUGGAAUGCUGGAACUGUGGAUUCAGAGAAUUUAGAAAGAACCAUCUUAAGAUAUCAGUUACCUUCUGGGUACAAUUACCUUCUUUCCUCUCAAUCCAGUAUCCACUUAAGAGUGACUCCUUAUUACUGGAAAAGCAAGGAGCACAUGGUUGAGGCGAUGGGUGUGGCACUGGACCAAUCACACUUUUACCUGUGAUGUAAGAAAUAGUUUGUUACCUAUAUUUCCUAGACAAAAGAAAAUGUUAAUAAAGACAGAGUAUAUCAA